AUGGGACCUAGAUGUUGGGAAGAUUCCGAAAAAGGGUUGAGGACGCAGUACCUGAACAAUCUGCUGGACCGGAGUCCGGGGGUGGGGGUGGAAUCUGCUGCACCGCACAUCGGCGAGGGAGGGCAAGCAGCUCAUCAUACUGUGUGUGGCCAGCUGACUGUGCUUCUGUUUCGCAUUGGAGCUCGGUCAUGGCUCGUUGCUCGCCUGUUCUUGUCUUCGGAGAACGAACCUUUGACGAACCUCGACAUCUCAAACAUCGCAGUUCAUGGACGCUCUGCUGAGAACGAGGACCGUGUCGUGCUGUUUGACGCUGUACCUGCAUCUGGUAAAAAAAGACUGACGCUCCCCACAGUCCAGCUCAUCGAGGCACAUGAGGCUAUGCAGGGCACACCUUGGCAAGGACCUUCACGGCUUCAGGCACUUGAGCGAGGCGUUCAUGGCAUUGGGAACCCAGAGACUCGCCCAUUCCGCUCUGUGGCUGGUGCACCAAUGCGCCCCCCUCCUCUACCCUCCCCUUCGAUGCGUCUCGUUGGACUCGAUCAAACGGGACCCAAUGCUGGGGUGAAGCCUGCAAGUCGACGGGCCUCAAUCAAAGAUGGUGCAGUGACAGCUCACACAAUCCCACAGUUGAGGAUCUUGUUACACGGAUUCCUAGUAUCACAAUCUGGCGAAACCGCAACACGCGAUUCGGUCAUCGAAGAGAUCGAGAUGGCCAACUAA